UUAUUUUAUUUACCGUGGGUGGAAUCACUGGAAUGUCCUUGCACUUGCUAAGCCCCGAAAUCACGACGGCGGCCAUCAGUUCUGACGUUUUCCAAAGUUUGAUUCCCACAUCAAUAUAAACCAUUUGGCGGCCAAUAAAAACGAUUCGUACAUGUUAAAUAAUCGCUGGACAACGUGCACUACGAUUUCCCGGUAGGUAGUGUUCGGGUUCUGUUGGAUCGCGCAAAAUGCAAGCCAUCAAAUGCGUUGUUGUCGGCGAUGGAGCUGUUGGUAAAACAUGUUUACUCAUUAGUUACACAAGUAAUGCAUUUCCUGGAGAAUACAUACCUACUGUAUUUGACAACUAUUCAGCCAAUGUUAUGGUUGAUGGUAAGCCAAUAAACUUAGGAUUGUGGGAUACUGCAGGUCAAGAAGAUUAUGAUAGGCUUAGGCCUCUUUCAUAUCCACAAACAGAUGUAUUUCUUAUAUGUUUUUCUUUAGUUAAUCCUGCAUCAUUUGAAAAUGUGCGAGCAAAAUGGUAUCCAGAAGUUCGACAUCAUUGUCCAAGUACGCCAAUUAUUUUAGUUGGUACAAAACUUGAUUUACGAGAAGAUAAAGAAACAAUUGACAAACUCAAGGAAAAAAAAUUAACUGCCAUCACAUAUCCACAGGGUUUAUCAAUGGCUAAAGAAAUUGGAGCAGUUAAAUACUUGGAAUGCAGUGCUCUGACUCAAAAAGGUCUAAAAAUUGUUUUUGAUGAAGCCAUUAGAGCAGUUUUAUGUCCUGUACAGCCACCAAAGCCCAAACCUAAGUGCGCAAUAAUUUAACAAUCAUGACUAUGUUGUCACUGGGACUCUAAAUCCAACAGAGGAUUGUCCAAGACUGAUAACAGUCAGUUCACCGAUCGAUACACAUUUUACUUGUGUAUAACAACUAACAAAAAACAAAAGUUCUUCCUGCAAAAUAAUAGAGCGCACAUAAUAAUUAAAUUAUGUAAUGUAUAGUAUGGUAAGAAAUUUAUAUAUUAACUAGGGAUCUAUAAUGCUGUUGAACAAACUUAUGGCCUAAUUUUAUAGUCUAAUCAUGUAAUCUAUAGCUUAAUCAUUUUUAUAAAAAUAUAUGUACAUGUACAUAUAUAUAUAUUGAAAUAAUCCAUAUGUUAAUUCAUUCUGUAAUUGUAAAUUAAUUCAAAUCGAUUUUCAUUGUGAAUUUUUUCUUUUAUUAUUUUAUUAUAUCUUUUCUAAUAAGUUGCUUGGUGCUACUUACAUUCUAUAUCUUUUAAUAUCACUAUUUUGUUUUAACUUUCUUUAAUGACAUUGCCAAAAAUGAUUUACCACUUAACAUAAUAAUGAAAAUUAAAUAAAAAAUAAACAAAUACAAAAUACCUUUUUAUAGAAUGAUUUAUAGUAACUUGAUAAAUUGGGUAACAUUGGCAAUUUAUAUUAAUUUGUAAAAAAAAAUUAUGAGCUAAUUGAUAUAUUAUUGUUACAGUAGCAUGGUUGAUUAUUUUAAUUUAGGCUGUAAUCAAAAAUUAUUUAUUAUUAUUUAUUAAGCUUUAUGGAUUUACAAAAAUAAGUACUGUGUGCUUAUCAUUAUUCUCAAUUUAUUUAUCAUGUAUAACUUGACAUAAAUGCAUUUUACAUUGAUUUAGAGUAUAAAAUAUUGUGUACACAGAGAUUAUAUGAAAUAUGUACAAAAGCAGCAAAAUUUAUAGUAUCAUUUUUGUAAUAUUUGUUAUGUCUAAAAAAAAAAUUCAGAAUUUUAAUGUUAUAUUUUAAUGAGUUUCUUUAUAAAAUGUUGUUGUAUGUACACUAUGAUUAUUUAGGUAGUCAUGUGGUUUUUUUUUUUGUAUAAUCAUUUUUUUUCCUUUUUCUUUUUAACCUUGUAAUUUCUAAAUAAAUGAUAUAUCUUGUAUAAAAAAGAGAUAUUUUCUUUUAUUUUUCAACCCUGUGUUAAUGACUAAUUAAAAUGUAGUCAUUACUUUCAUAAAUAAAUGAUGUAUUAUUCAUUUUAAAUUUAUAUUUUUAUAAUUCAUUUAACAUUUGUAUUUCUUCUUUAUUAAUGUCAUAUGUUUAAGAAUACAUUACUAUCCUUUAUACUUUAAAUGGCUUACUAAGAUCAUAGAUCUGAUGCGAAUUAUUUCAAAAUUGUAACUGUAAACUAGCAAAAUGUAAAAAAUAAAUUAAUUUGGGACCAGUUAAAGAUGUUUUUGUUUAUUAAUUGAGAAUUUAAAACUUGCAUAAAAAAUUAAUAUGAUCUAUAAUGUUAUCAUUAGUUACAUUUUGCAUAUGGAUAAUAAUGUAUAUUUCAAAUAUAUACAUAGUGAUUAUGUAUAUUUGUAUACAAAAUAGUCCUUCGAGUAUUAUUUAUAAGUUAGUAUAUUUUACAAGACUUAGAACACCUUAUAUCAUUUUAAGGAUUCCAGAUUAUUAUUAUUAUUAUUAUUAUUAUUAUUAUUAUUAUUUUAUAUUAUUUUUAUAUAAGUUAUAUAUUUUGUUAAUUUAAUUCAAAUUAUUUGUUCUUUGUACUACUACAAUCCAUGUUAUGAACUACCAAAUAAAUAUAAUAAGUAUCAACAUUUA